CGCCUUCUGAUUCCAGAACCCUAAUUCUGUUUCCGUGCCCGAACCCACAACAGGAGAAGUAGCAGCAGGCAUCUGAAUCUCAUCGCUGCAAUGUCUGCCGGCGAGUUGGGUUGCAUCUACGCCACCUUGAUCCUCCACGACGAUGGAAUCCCCAUCACCGCGGAGAAGAUCAACACUUUGUUGAAGGCUGCUAAUGUCACCGUCGAGUCCUACUGGCCUAGCCUUUUCGCUAAGCUUGCCCAGAACAAGAACGUCGAUGACCUCGUUUUGAACGCUGGUGUCGCCAGCGGUGCCGCUGUUGCCGUUUCCGCUCCUGGUGCCGCCGCUGGUGGUGGUGACGCCGCUGCCGCUGCACCUGCUAAGGAGGAGAAGAAGGAAGAGGCAAAGGAAGAAAGUGAUGAUGACAUGGGAUUCAGCUUGUUCGAUUAGGUUUUUCUUAUAGUUUGCUGUAGCUAGUCCUGAUUCCUCUCGGUGAGGAGUUGCUGGAAAACUUGUUUUGUUCUAUAAAUUUUUUGUUGAAGCUGAGUUUUAGCCAAUCUACUAUCAUAAUUGUUGAAUCUUUGGUGGUGUUUUUUUUAUAUAUUUGUGGCAAUCGAAUUUCUUAUUGA